AUGUUUGGCAAUAUGUGCGGUCGCAAGCUGGCUCGCCGCUUCAAAUCAGCGCUGAUUGUCGCGCUGACAGUUCUCCUGGUUCAGACGCUGAUCGUGUGGAACUUUAGUACCCUGGAUACCGGGGAAGAAGCGGGCGAAGGGGCCAAUAGUAGGCGGGAGAAGAGGGACCAAGUCGGGGGCAUCAACAAAGCCUACAGCCAGUACCCCCGGAGCGGGCUGCCAAAGAGGCAUCACCAACCUCCGCUUGGGAAAACGGCUGUCCGACACAAGCAAGUAAGAGAGGGCUACCAAUCCUGGCGUCCCAAGGAGAAAGUCCUCCUGGAUAGUAACAACAAUGAGAACUCGGUCCCCAAAGACUUUGACACUGUUGUUGACAGCAACAGCAACCUCGGGGCGCGGUCACUGUCUCAGCGCCAGCGAAUGGCAGGAAACGCCGCCAAACACAAACCGGACAAGGCCCUAAGGCAAGGCAUUCUGGGAAAGGCCUUGCCCAAUGAGGUCAACAAGAUUAUUCAGCAGUACCCUCUUCCUCCACAGCAGCCCAGAGGAGCAGGACUUAAAGAUAGCCACGCACACAAACGACCCAAACCACACUCCCAGCUAGCCACUAAACCCGCUAGACCUUCCCCCUCUCCCUCCAUCAAAACAUCCAAUCAGCAUCAGCGACAUCACCAACCCAGGAAGUCGGUGACUGCGGCUCCUGUGCGGGGGCAGCGGAGGGAGAAGCACCAGUGUGAGAUCAGUGGGAAGGAGGCCAUCUCGGCUCUGUCAAGAGCCAAGACCAAGGAGUGUCGUCAGCAGAUAGCUGAGGUGUACUGCAGACACAAGGAGAGGACACUGAUGCCGGAGACCGUCCCUCGAUACUGCACCAUAGAAGGUAAGGCCAAUGUGAAUGUACAGUGGGAUGAGGGCUCAGAGCAGACUGCCCCUACUGUGCCUGUUCGCGUCGUCUUCGUCUUGGUGGUCCAUGGCAGAGCGUCUCGGCAGUUCCAACGCCUGUUCAAGGCCAUCUACCAUACCUCACACUACUACUAUAUACAUGUAGACCAGCGUUCCAACUACCUCCACAGACAGGUGGGGGCUCUAGCGAGCCAGUAUUCCAACGUCCGUGUUACUUCCUGGAGGAUGUCCACCAUUUGGGGCGGGGCGAGCUUGCUCACCAUGUACCUGCGUAGCAUGGACGACCUUCUCAAGAUGGCCGACUGGAAUUGGGACUUCUUCAUCAACCUCAGUGGAGCCGACUACCCUAUCAGGACCAAUGAACAGCUGGUGGGCUUCCUGACAAAGUACCGGGACAUGAACUUCAUCAAAUCCCACGGCAGAGACAACACACGGUUCAUCCGUAAGCAGGGUCUGGACCGGCUCUUCUUCGAGUGUGACACACACAUGUGGCGCCUAGGCGACCGCAAGAUCCCAGAAGGCAUUGCGGUGGACGGAGGUUCCGAUUGGUUCCUUCUGAACCGCAUGUUUGUGGAUUACGUCAUCAACUCUGAAGAUGAGCUGGUCGUCAGCAUGAAGCGCUUCUACGCAUACACACUGCUGCCUGCCGAGUCGUUCUUCCACACAGUACUAGAGAACAGUGCUCACUGUGAGAGUAUGGUGGACAACAACCUGCGUAUCACCAACUGGAACAGGAAGCUGGGCUGUAAGUGUCAGUACAAACACAUAGUGGACUGGUGUGGCUGCUCCCCCAACGACUUCAAACCUCCUGACCUGCCACGCUUUCAGCAAACGUCCAGGCCUACGUUUUUCGCCCGUAAAUUUGAGGCUACUGUGAACCAGGAGAUUGUUACCCAGCUGGACAGCUUCCUGUUUGGACCUUAUCCACAGGAGACCCCAGGGCUCCAGUCGUACUGGGAGAAUGUGUACGAGGAGAUGGACAGCGUAGCCAGCCUAUCAGACAGCCAGCUCACUCACUACCACGCCUUCACACGCAUGGGCCUAUCACGGGCCGCCACGUCACUGCAGGGCCACCCUGACAACAACAGCUGCAGGUAUAUCUCCAGGGGCCACCCGGUGUCUGUCCAUUUGUACUUCCUGUCAGACGUGUUCCAAGGCUACCUGGUUCGUCAAAAUGCUAGUAACCUAGCAACCAGCCAGCUAGAGACCCUAGAGACUUGGGUCUCCCAUAGCAACCACUUCACCCUGGCCCCGACAACCAACACACUCAACAGACUACAGUUUGCAGAGGUGGGUUCAGACUGGGACGCCAAAGAGAGAAUCUUCAGGAACUUCGGAAGCCUCCUGGGCCCCACGGAGGAGCCGGUUGCCAUGCAACGCUGGGGCCGGGGACAGAACGUCACGGUAACCGUCGUCUGGGUGGAUCCCACCAACGUCAUAGCCGCCACGUACGACAUCCUGGUGGACGGCGGGACAGAGUACACACACUACCGGCCCCCGUUAACCGUGCCAUUACGACCCGGCGUGUGGACGCUGCGUGUGUUGCAUCACUGGAACCUGCUGGCCUCCACCAGCUUUGUGGUUUCACCUCUGGAGUACCACGACCAGCAGCCUAUACGCCAGGAAGACACAGUGAAGCUCCACAGCGGCCCGGUCCGUAACUCUUACAUGGAGCAGAGUUUCCACGGCCUCAACCCCAUCCUCAACCUCCCUGUGCACCUGGGACAGGUGGAGGAGGCGGAGUUUAAAGCAUCACUGACAGGGGCGGAGCUCCAGAGCUGGGUGGACCAUCUCCUGGCAGGGGUGUGGUCUGCAGCGGACGUGUGUUCUCAGGGUCCUAGCUCCUGUCCCGUUAUGCAGCGGUGUCGGGAGACGGGAUGGAGCACGCUCAGUCCCGACCCAAAGUCUGAUCUGGGCCCCCCCAGAGGGAACGGACGGAUUAGGUAG